UGAUCCGGGUACAAGCGAACUACGGCGAAAGCAACCCAAGGACCGGAAAGGUGCAUGGAGAAUGUUGACUGACGUGCUGCCGCGCUCGCUCAGCGCAGGUGGUCAUCACCGGGUUCAUCAAUCAGCGAGUACGUGCAGUUGCAUGCAGGCGCCGGUGUCCCGCAUGGCUGGAGGCGGGAGGAGAGCGUCAUCAACAUGAACGAGGUGACCUGCAUUGGCCCGGUGACCUGUCGCGCUGACGGUGCAGGAAUAAAAAGACGCAAAACGGCACAAAAACGAACCUGUUCCCGUCCCAGCUUCGGCCGUUGCUGCACACGCGGACGGACGGCCGGCACACUGCUUUACCGACAUGCUGCUGCUCCUGCUGUGCGCUCUGCUCGCAUCUGCGACCACGCGUGGCGCCGAACCACCGCAAGGGCCCGACGGCAAGGUGCACUUCGACGGGUAUACAGUAUACAGGCUGUACCCGAAGGAUGUGCAACAAUUGAAGUACUUGGCUGAUCUUGAAAACAGCGAAAUCGAUGGAUUUGACUUCUGGCUGGAGCCGUCGCGAGUGCAUCGGUUUGUGGACGUGAGUGUCUCACCAAAUAAGCAACGCCAAUUCCUCGACCAGCUGCACUGGAGGGACAUACCAAGCGAGGUUCUCAUUCAUGACCUCGAACAAGAGAUAAACAACUCUACAACGAGUAGGAGUGACGUCCCCGAUUUGAGAAGUCCUCGAAGCUUCUUUUCCGACUAUCAACGUUUGAACACCAUCCACAACCACUUGCAUACAUUUAGUCUGCGAAGAAAGUCCUUGGUAAACGUCAUGAGCAUAGGAAAGUCAUUCGAGAACCGUGACCUCAAGCUUGUCAAGCUGUCGUCAGGACGGGCCAAAAGAGCAGUGUGGCUGGAUGGUGGCAUGCAUGCCAGAGAGUGGAUUUCCCCCGCGACAGUCAUGUACAUUCUUGAAGAGCUGGUGAGCGGCUACAGCAAUGACAAUGACACGACCAAGAUUCUGGACACCUUCGACGUGUACGGUCUACCGGUGGCCAACCCGGACGGCUACGAGUACACGCACAUCCUCAACCGGCUGUGGCGGAAGACAAGGUCCACGACUGCCAGCUUCAUCUGUCGUGGUGCCGACCCGAACAGAAACUUCGGCUUCAAAUGGAGCUCGGGUGGCUCAAGCAGCAAAGCGUGCUCGGAGGUCUUCGCCGGGAACAAGGCAUUCUCGGAGCCGGAGACCAAAGCGAUCGCGAACUUCGUCUACGCCAGGCGCCGCGAGAUCAUGGCUUUCCUCACCUUCCACUCCUACUCGCAGCUCUGGCUCACGCCGUGGGGCUACACGGCACUCAAACCGGCUAACUACCUCGAGCUCGCCCGCGCAGCAAGAGUCGCCACGGCUGCGCUAGAGAAGGUGCACGGUACCAAGUACAAUGUUGGAACGUCCACCAGUAUGCUGUACGUUGCCUCGGGAGGCUCGGACGAUUGGGCACUCGGCGAAGCGCAGAUUCCGUACGCGUACACGGUAGAGCUGCGGGACACUGGUCGCCACGGGUUCACCCUGCCGCGCGACCAGAUCGUGCCCACCGGUGAGGAGACCUGGGCCGGUAUCAAGGCCCUGCUGCUCGAGCUGGCCAGCAAGGUGGACGAAGGAACGUGAUGCGCGGUCACUGCGGCCGAGAAGACAACAAAUGGCUAUUUAUGUUCCACACGAGGAAUUUGUGAAUAAAUAUUUAUAAAU